UUCAACCUCGGGCGGAUAUGUCCGGCUAGUUCUUUCCUCAGGGCGGAAGUGCUCUUUUUAAGGGCGGAAAGGACCUGAGCUAAGAAUAGCUCCAGCUUCCGUCGUCCCAGUCACUUCCGGGGAGGAUCGGAAGUUGCUUUGUUUUGCUUCAAGAUGGCUGCUGGGAUGUAUUUGGAACAUUAUCUGGACAGUAUUGAAAACCUCCCCUUUGAAUUGCAGAGAAACUUUCAGCUCAUGAGGGACCUGGACCAAAGAACAGAGGACCUGAAGGCUGAAAUUGACAAGUUGGCCACCGAGUACAUGAGCAGCGCCCGCAGCCUGAGCUCCGAGGAAAAGCUGGCCCUGCUCAGGCAGAUCCAGGAGGCCUACGGCAAGUGCAAGGAGUUCGGUGAUGACAAGGUGCAGCUGGCCAUGCAGACCUAUGAGAUGGUGGACAAGCACAUUCGGCGGCUGGACACAGACCUGGCCCGUUUCGAGGCGGAUCUGAAGGAGAAGCAGAUCGAGUCCAGCGACUAUGACAGCUCUUCUAGCAAAGGCAAAAAGAAAGGCCGGACUCAGAAGGAGAAGAAGGCGGCGCGGGCUCGCUCCAAAGGCAAAAACUCGGACGAGGAAGCCCCCAAGGCCACCCAGAAAAAGUUGAAGCUCGUGCGCACGAGUCCCGAGUACGGGAUGCCCUCGGUGACCUUCGGCAGCGUCCACCCCUCGGAUGUGCUGGACAUGCCUGUGGACCCCAACGAGCCCACCUACUGCCUUUGCCACCAGGUCUCCUACGGGGAGAUGAUCGGCUGCGACAACCCCGAUUGCUCCAUUGAGUGGUUCCACUUCGCCUGUGUGGGGCUGACGACCAAGCCGCGGGGGAAAUGGUUCUGUCCACGCUGCUCCCAAGAUCGGAAGAAGAAGUAGACGCAGGCCUUGGGUUCUCAGUUUCUUCUGCAUUCCCUGACCUGGGCUGGUGGCAGAGGAGUGUACCGGGCCAGGGGCCGGGGAGAAGCGGGCGGUGCGGUGCCGUCACCCCCUUCGGCCCGCUUGGUCCCCACCCGGUGCCACGGAAGGGAGGGUGCCGGGCCACGAUGGUUUGUGCCCUCUUCCGGCCAGCCCUGGGCACAGCCUUGCCCGCUGCCCUUGUGCCUCGUGCUGAGGUUGGUGCUGUACUUCAGAGGGCGAGUCCUCGCGCUCCCCCUACGUGGGACUUAGGCUGGGGCAGUGGUCCUGGGAGCUCCCUGCCCUGCCCUCUUUCCUUAUUCUUCUGUUUCCCUUGGGGAGGGACCCCCAGAUCAUGGGCCGAAGGGACCCCGAGGGGAUUCAUCCUGGCUUCAGGAAUGGGAGAAGGGAUGCGAAAUGCAUAUGACUCCCAUGUAAAGGAGUUUGGUAGGUAAAUAAAAGCUCCAAGUCGG